AUGGCUGCGGCGGCGUCGUCGAGCCCGGGCUGUGGCCACUCGGGCUCGAGGCGCGCGAUUGUUCCCUCCAGGACCGGCGAGAACCGGAAUGGAUUCUUGGCGCUGGAGGAGCUGGAAUCCAUCCGCAUUGGCAGGGACAACAUCUCUCCGUGGUCCAUACCCAAGGAGGCGUUGCUGCACGAGCCCGCCGAAGACCAGGUCUUCCAGUCUAUGAAGGGCGCCGGGCACGAGCGGCGCAUACACGCCAACAGGGAGCUGCGGCCGGAGGAGCAGAGAGCCCUGCGGGAGCUGCAGGACGAGGCGCGGGAGCGGGACUUGGCCUUCCUGCCAUCCGUCUCGGUGCAGGCCACCCGGUGGCUGGUCCACGCCCAGGGUUGCCAGAGCAAGGUCCUGGAGGGCAUGCUGCGCACCAACGCCUGGAGGCUGGAGUACUUCGGGAAGGGCCCCAUCAAAGAUAGCCAGGCCACCCGCUCGCGCCGCUAG